AUGUACGUCCGCCUCUGCGCCCUGGCUUUUGCAGCCAGCCUUCUCUCGUCGCCAGUUCUCGCCAUUACCGCCGACGAGAUCCCCUCCGACACCCCUGUGUCCUCUCUCCUGACUACCGCUCGAGCUUACCUCUCCAAGGGCCAGACGUCCGAUGCCCUCGUAUACUACGAUGCCGCUGUUGCCCGCGAUCCCUCCAACUACUUAACGCUGUUCAAGCGCGCGACGACCUACCUCUCCCUCGGCCGCACGAACCAGGCAACCGACGAUUUUAACAAGGUCCUCUCGCUCAAGCCCGGCUUUGAGGGAGCACAUGUGCAGCUGGCCAAGAUCAAAUCCAAGACCGCGGACUGGGACGGCGCAAGAGAACAGUACUUGCUUGCCAAAAAGGAUACCACCUCGCCCGAACUUGUCGCCCUCGAUGAGGCACAGGGUGCUGCUCGUCUUGCUGAGAUGGCCGAAAAGAGUGGCGACUGGGAGGCAUGUGUAGGGCAUGCCGGCGAGGCCAUCAUGAUCGCCAACCGGGCCAUUUCCCUGCGCGAGAUGAGGUCCCGCUGCCGUUUCCAGCGAGGUGAGGUUGAGGAGGGUAUGAGUGAUCUGCACCAUGUGCUACAGAUGAGGCCUGGCGACACUUCGCCACACGUCAAGAUCGCUGCUAUUACCUUCUACGGACUCGGUGAUCUCCAGAACGGCAUGGCCCAGACGAGAAAGUGCUUGCACUCCGAUCCCGACUCCAAAUCCUGCAGGAAGCUUCUGAAGCAACAAAAGGCUAUCGAGAAGACUCUGGCCAGGGUCAACAAGGCGUUCGACAAGAACCAGCCUAUGACUGGUGUCAAGCUCCUGAUUGACUCUGCCGACGAGACUGGCCUGAUCACGGAUAUCAAGAAGCAAGUCGAGGACCUCAAGGCCGACGGUACCAUUCCCCCUAGCGCCCAAUCAUCUCUAUAUAUCCAGGUGGCGGAAAUGGCAUGCCAGGGCUACUACGACAUGAACGGCAAGAAGGCUAAGCAGUACUGUGAAGACGCUCUCACUCUCAACCCUCAGUCAUUUUAUGGACUCUUGCAUCGCGCCAAAGUCAUGAUGGAGAAGGAAGAGUUUGAUGCGGCCAUUAAGUCACUCGAGGAAGCCAGCAACGCGCGGCCUGACAAGAAUGAUGUCGUUCAGCCCCUGAUGCAGAAGGCCCAGAUCGCGCUCAAGCGGAGCAAAACCAAAGACUACUACAAGGUGCUCGGCGUGGCACAUGAUGCUGACGAGCGACAGAUCAAGCAAGCCUACCGCAAGCUGACCAAGAUCCACCACCCCGACAAGGCCGCGAAACAGGGACUGACCAAAGAAGAGGCUGAGAAGAAGAUGGCGUCCAUUAAUGAGGCGUACGAGGUGCUCAGUAACCCUGAGCUCCGCGAGCGGUUCGACCGGGGCGACGACCCGAACAACCAGGAGCAAGGCAGCCCCUUCCAAGGCAACCCAUUUGGCGGCGGUCAUCCGUUUAUGUACCAGCAGGGGGGUGGCGGAAGCCAGCAGUUCCACUUCAAGUUUGGCGGAGGUGGCGGCGGCUUCCCCUUUUAA